GAAACUGAAAGACUUACAUUGCUAUUUUAUUUUUAAUGUGAUAUUUACACUGAAGAAAUAGUGCAAGAAAAAAGUCCAAUACUAUGUUCUUUAUUUCAACAAACACCAGUGUAAACCAACGUCAUCUCAAUCAUAAACUUGUAUGUAAUUUCUGCUAUGUCUGGAAAUGAAAUGAGAUUAGAAAAAAGGAUUUUUAUUACAUAGUUUUGGUUCAGAUUUGAAAACAAACUGGCAAACAACAUAAAAAACAAACAAAAAAUAAAGACGUUUUAGGUUUUGUUUCUGUGAAAAAUGUAGAGCAAAUGAAAGUGAAACUUAAAGUAGGCACCAGACACAGCAGAUUAUAAAAGGCGGGACACAUCUUGUUGCACAAUUAGCUUUUUGUAUGGCACAUCAGGUAAAUGUCUUUGCGAGCACUGCAGAAAACAGCUACAGACAUGUGUUUUUUACACAUAUGUUACUGAUUCAUCUAACUGAAGAGUUAAUUCCAUAAAUUUAAGGGAUCAUUUGCAUUAUGGCUCAGAAUUGUUGUGAUCCCUUGGAAGCGAAGGAUGAGGAGUUUUUUGAUGCAACAGACACAUUCCAAAUGGAUCAAUUGACCAUGACAGACUCUGACACUGCCACAGUUGUCAUGGAGUCAGAGGAUUCUUCAGACACAUUUAACCUUGAGUAUGAACCAGGGAUUACAUCCUACAAUGUGACCUCAGACUCUGUAGCUCUGAUUUGGGACCCUCCUCCUGUUGAAGUGUUGUACACUAUUACCUGCUACAAAGGGGAAGAACUUGUUCAAGAGUUACAGACUGAUGCUUCCACUCUGACUAUUGGUGACCUGGAUCCAGGAGAGGAAUACAGCUUCUGUGUGUCGGCGCAAAUCAUUAAUAGGCAAUUCAAGAAAUCUCCAGCUGCAACUGUGAAAACCAAUACAUGUUUGGAGAGCCUGCUGGAGGAUCUGGGCCUGGAGCAGCAGUACAAAGACAAGUUGACCCUGAGCACAAUCCUACAGAUUGAUGAGAAGAGCAUUACAGAAACACCAGCCGGGUCUGUCAGAAAUACAGCAUGGAAUAUUCUGAAGAAAUUAAUGAUGGUGAAUGUAACAGCCAGAAAUGUCAAAGGCCAAGUGUCACAUAGCUGUGAUGAGGCUUUGGAAGAGGCUGAGUUUAAUAUAGAUGCUCUACUGGCCGGUCCAACCUCAGGUGCUAUGUUAAACCCUCUAGACAUCAUCACUGCACUCUUCCUUUGCUCUGAUGGAUUUGUGCAGCAGGAACUCGCACUGAAAAUGUCAAUGUGUCAGUUUGCGGUGCCUCUGCUGCUUCCAAACCCUGACACCAAACAGUGCACAAUGAUGCUCUGGGCCCUGAGGGACAUUGUGAAAAAAUACAGACCUCAGUCACUGUUGGAAUCUAAGGGUUUCAUUGAAGAACACAUUGUUCAUUCUAAAAUUCCAAUGGUUUCCUUUGUGAGACUUGGAGAAUGUUCUUUGUCUAAGUCAGAAGUUCUCAAUAAAAUUCUGAGCAAUUCUCAGCAAUAUCAUGACACAUUUGUGCAUCACAAUAUGGAGGGUGGGGACUGUCCGAGAAAGAUUUCUGAUGGAAUAGUUGAAAUAGCUUGGUACCUUCCAUGUGGAAACAAGAACAUUGACAUUUUCAGUGAGCCUGUAACAGUAGCUAACCUCCGUGGAGACAUUUCCUCCUCGAUACCACAGUUCUCUUUUUUAUGUGAGACGUCAUGUGCAGUGUUUGUGUUUUGUGACAAACUGGAUGUAGCCUGUAGCCUACUGACAAGUCAGAUGAGCCGGGCAGAUAUGUUUCUGGUUAGUAACUCUCAAAGCAAAAACUUUGAUCGAGGUUAUCUGAGUAGAGUAGCUACAGAUUUGAACUUGACGAACAACAAUAUAAUGAUAAAGACUCAAUCAAUAAAUGAUGCAGACUUUGUCACAAGACUUCAGGGGAAAAUUAGGAGUGUUGUUGAGAAGGCAAAAUCUAAAAUGCCAAUAGAGCGCAUGGCAGAUGUUGUGCGUGAGUUUGGAAUAAAAGUCGAUGAAGAUUGUCCUGAGUGUCAGAAAGCCAAACAAAAUGCAGAUGCUAUUACGUCUGAAAUCCAUGACACGCUUGAGUACAAAGAAACCCAGCUUCCUUUGCAAGGUCAGAUCUGGAAGGAACUGACCUCUCUGGAGAAAGAAGAGUGUAGACUUAGAAAUGCUGGCUCUGAAAACAUUGACAAUUAUAAAACUUUGCUUCAGAAUCAAAAAUAUAUACUAAGAAAAAAACAAAACUCUUAUGAUAUGUCAACACCCAUGUCAUGCUUCAUUAAUGCAAUAUCAAGCUCUGGAAUUGAAAGGUGCUUUUUUCUGAAAUGGAUGCGACUUAAUCUUGAUAACCUUUCUCGACAAAAGUUAUCAGGCCUUCGAGAGAAGUACAAAGAGAAAUCAAAAGAAUCUAAGAACAGAGAGGUUAUUCAAGAUCUUGAUCAUCAACUUUCAGGCAGUUCUCUGGGGGUAGAGCAUUUCUUUCGUGAAAUGGGUCAGAUAUACGAAGCCUCAGUGUCUCUUCCUGCAGACCACCCUUCUCGUCUGCAAUUGCAGCACUUAACCAGGCUCUGUGCAGAACUGCUGCUGGAGGGACUCCCUCUGGAGCUGGUGGACGGAGAUGCCUCCAACAUCCCUCUCAGAUGGGUGAGCGAUGUUCUGUCUGAGCUCCAUCAGUUGGUGUCGCACCAGAGUAAAAUCUUAGUGAUCACAGUUCUGGGAGUACAGAGCACAGGAAAGUCCACUCUCCUCAACACAAUGUUUGGAGUGCAGUUUGCAGUGAGCAGUGGACGCUGCACUAGAGGAGCCUUUAUGCUCCUCAUAAGAGUCAGUGAAGAAGUAAAAGAAAGACUGAACUGUGACUUUUUAAUGAUCAUUGACACUGAGGGUCUGAAGUCUCCAGAGCUCGCAAAACUGGACAAUAGUUAUGAACAUGACAAUGAGCUGGCAACCCUUGUUGUGGGGUUAAGUGACAUCACUUUAAUAAAUAUUGCAAUGGAGAACUCCACUGAAAUGAAGGACAUCCUGCAGAUAGUUGUUCAUGCAUUUCUCAGAAUGAAAGAAGUUGGAAAAAAGUCCAAAUGUCUGUUUGUUCAUCAGAAUGUGUCGGAUAUUUCAGCGCAUGAGAAGAACCUUCGAGACAGGAAACUGCUUUUGGAACAGUUGGAUGAGAUGACACAGGCUGCAGCCAAAAUGGAAAAGAAGGACAAGAACAAGUGUUUCACUGAUGUGAUGGAGUACAGCACAGAAACCGGAAACUGGUACAUCCCAGGACUGUGGAAUGGAACCCCUCCAAUGGCUCCAGUCAAUGCAGGAUACAGUGAAGCUGUGUAUGAACUCAAGAAAAACAUCAUCCAAAUUCUGAGCAAAAGUGAAUCAUCUGCCAAUGACAUCCUGGAGUUUCAAGAGUGGAUAAGAAGUCUCUGGACCGCUGUGAAGUAUGAAAACUUCAUCUUCAGCUUUAGAAACAGCUUGGUGGCUGAUGCAUACAUGAGACUAUGCACAGAAUACAAUAAAUGGGAAUGGAACUUCAGAAAAGACAUGUACACAUGGGUCACAAAUGCUCAAACAAUAAUUUCAAAUUAUGGCAAAGUUGCUGUUGAAAAUGAUACAGGAAACAUUGGAAAACUUCUGAGUGAUUUGAAAAGUGAUGCAUGCACAGAACUGUCCAAAGGAGAAACUAAACUCCUUCAGAAUCUCACACAGUACUUCAAACAGACAGAUGGCCAUGUGAAUCUGGUGGAAAGGUAUAAAGAAGAGUUUAUGACUGGUGCAAAAGUUACUCGGAGGGAGCUGGAAAAGUCAAUAAUAAAUCAGCUUAUUGCAACUGUUGACAUCCGACAAGGAAUGAGGGAGUUGGAAAAAAUCAAGGAGAACCAUACACAAGAAAUGGAAGAGAGGGUGCUUGAAUUGAUUCAGCGUUGCCGGAAUAACAAAGCCAACAUGACUGAUACAGAGUUAGACAGGGAAUUUGACAACAUGUGGGCUGUAAGUGUUGAGAAAUUAGCACGUUUCCGUCCAGAAACGAUUGACGUUCAAUCCAGAGUUUUUCACUGUCUACGGGCAGACGUUUCACCCAAAGGAAGUUAUGCAAGUGAACUUCUAAAUAAAACUAGUCUAUAUGAAUAUGGAGACCAACCCUUUGUGUACAACCCUAAAAAAUUGUUUGAACGACUAAAACGCAUAUUUAGUGAUGAUCAUGUAAAAGCUGUGCAGAGGUUGGCUGACAGUAUCAUAGAUGCUUGCCAACAGUCAGUGAACACUCAAAAACAAAGAAAAACCAACUACCAUGACAACUACAUUGUAGAGAUCCUACACAUGAUUGAUGAGAAACUGCAACAGAAUGAACAGCUCAAACUGGACAAAGAGUUUGACGUUUUAUUGAAGAUGCACAUAUGUGCCAGAGCAGCAAAAGACUUUGAAAAGAUGCAUGAAAACUUUCUACAAGAAAAUGAUCCUUACAGGUGUUUACAGGAAAACAAGGAAAAAUUCCGUACUGAUUUCAAAGAUGUGUUUCACGAGCGAGACCAGUGCCAAAAGAAAGCAGAGGAGUUUACAGAUCAGUUUUUGAGACCUGCUGUUGAAGACUUUGUCAAUCGCUCCCUGGGUCCUGACAUUAUUGGUGAAAUGUUGACAUGUCAACAGUUCAGCACCAGAAUGUUUUUCCAGUAUUCAGUUCUGCUGGAUUUGAUCUCAGAGAACCAGUUUAAAUUAAUUUGGGCUUACAUUGAACACUAUGAGGCUUAUGUGAAAGAGUGGAUAUAUAACCAAAUAAUCUCACACUUUUCAUCCCAGGCUUCAGCGAGUGAAUUUGAGAACCUGCAUCUCCAGGCAUGUAUCAACAGGAUAAAUGCUGCUGUCAAAAAGGCUAAAACUGAGAAGAACAAAUCCUUGAAAUGUUUUGUUGGGGAAAUCUGUGCAGAACUAAGUGAUAAGUUAGUUAUUUCCCAAGAUGCACUUGGAACCUUUAUGAUCCUAAACACUGCAGACCACGAGCAGUUUGCCCAUUACCUUUUAAACUGUGUAAAACAAAUGGAGAAAGAUUGUCAACAGAAGUUCAAAAACACAGAUAUUGUUCUCAAACUUGAGAAGUGUUCUGUUAAUGUUCAGCAUGAGCUUUUUGUCAGAGUGAUCGGAUGUGGUAAACAGUGCCCAUUUUGCAAAGCUCCAUGUGAAGCAGGAGGAGCAGCCCACACAGAGCAUUGGACAUCACUUCAUCAGUCACUGGGUUUGGGAACAUGGAGAUCUGAAGUGUCACAAAAACUUGUUUCAGACAUAUGCACCUCCCGUGUAAACUCUGACCAUAGAUUCAAACAAUAUGAUGACAAUGGUCAGAAGUAUUAUCACCCAUACAAGAGAUACCAAGAAAUAUUUCCAGACUGGAAGAUUCCUCCUGAUGAUAGUCUGGAAGCAUCGGACUAUUGGAAAUAUGUCAUGGCAAACUUCAAUGAAGACUUUGCAAAUGUAUAUCAUGCCAAACCUGCAGACAUUCCUCAAGCUUGGAAAAACAUUACCAAGGAUCAGGCUGAAAAAAGCCUCCAACAAGCCUUUAACAUGAAGUAAGACAAACGAUUCUAGUAUUCUACUGAAUACCAUUAUAGUCUAUCAAGUUUAAAUCAAGCUCACUCUUAAGUGAAACUUUCAACUUCAAAUUUUAUAUGUUUAUCAUGCAUCUUAUUAAUGCAUAUCAAUGUUUACAUGUAGUCUGUCAAAUCAAACUACAUGCCAGUUUGUUUUCUUAUGUUAAUUGUUGCCUACUGCUAUUAGUUAUAACCUCAAACAUGACUCAUAAUGUAAAUAUAUAAUGUGCUCAUCCAAAAAAAAUGUAAAGGCACAGGAGCAAGUGUCUUUCAGUUCACUAUAACUUGUUUGAAGAUAGCAUUUACCCUGUUGUCCUUAAUGCAAUGCUAGAAAUCCAAUGAACAGGAUUGCACCUACGAUCUUACAAAGAUAUGUUUUUAAUCAAAAAUGUUUAGAAUUGUUGAACUUUUUCUGAGCCAAGCUAUUUAGUUUGUGUAAUGGGCUGGUUGUCUCUUAUGUUUCACUUGUUUCUUAACAUUUAUGGCUUUUAUUUCCAGAACACAUAUAUUCUUUGUUUUGCUGGCAAACUUAAGACAUUAAGAGAUAUUCAUGUUCGAAUUUGGACUGUCAUGUUCUCCUGGGAUUUGGAUAAGAUGUAAAUUCUGUGGCUCUUGAACAUGUAAACUGUGUCCAGACAACAUGUUUUUCAGAAAAGUCAAGCUGUUGGUCACCAAAGUCUAUGUAUAUGCCAAUGAAAAAUAAAUAGAUACACUACAUAAUCAUUAUCAAAAAAGACAAUGCAGUUUAUCAAGAUUAAAUAUUUGGUUUAUUCAUUUAAAUUUUCUUUUUUAUUGUUUUGUUGGGUUUUAAAAAUAAUAUGUAAUGUUUCUGAGCAGUGUACUUUUGUUACCUGUAUAUGAAGCAACAACACAUAUAAACCUUUUAUCUACUAUGCACAUGUAGGCCUAGAACUUGACCUUUGAAACAUGCAAUUGUGUGUGUGUGUGUUUCUUCUUAUUAAAAUAUAUUUUCUGUGUGUA